AUGGCCAGUUGCCUUCCUUCAUGGCCGCCACACGGCCUCCCCAGCCGCUCCACUGGACUUAUAUCGACCUGUGAAAGCGUUUUGGCAUUGAAAACUUGCGAGAUACGCCACCUUGAGAGCAGCGCGGGAUUGGUAAGCCCAUCACCACUAGUCAAAAAGUGCCCUCCGGCCAGGAGACGCUUCACAGCAUUCGCUGAAAUGUGUCGCGGGGUGGCUCCCCGCCGCGGAUUCGACGAUUUACUGGGCAGCUAUGACGCCCAGCGCGCCGCGCAGCUCGAGAAAGCUGGCUGGGCGCAGUCGCCAGCACCAUGCCCAAGCACAGGCAUGGAGCAGCUCCCCCCCGCCGCAUACGCUGGGGUGUCCUUUUGUUCCCUCGCCCGCGCGCCGGCGGCGGCGACCGCCCACCAGCGCUCGGCACCCGUGACCGUCUACACCCUGACCCUGCCGCCCAGCAACCUGCACAUCUCUCCCUUUGCGAGCGAGCAGGCGGCGUGGGAGCCGGCGCCGCCACCGGCGGCACAGCCCACGGUGCGCCGCGCCGCCAGCGACGCCGUCGCCUCGUGGCUGGCCGGCUGGGCAGCGCUGGCCGCCGAGCAGGGCUGCUCCAGCUCGGAUGACGACUACGACUGCCUGCCGCGCCUGGCCGCCACGGUGCCUCGCCAGGCCUCCAGCUCACCUCGGGCCCCGCACCACGCCGCCGCCAUGCAUUGCUCCAGCGGCGGCAGUGGCUGCGGCAGCGGCCGCGCCGCCCCAUCCAACUCGCCUGCGUGCUUCAGCAUCGCCGACUCCGGCUUCCCCACCACCCACCAGCUGCUGCCCAACCUGCCCAGCCUGGACACACGGGCGUCAGGCACCCGCCGCCCCGCAGCCCCGCAGCCCCAGCAGCCGUGCCAGUGGCGCGAGGCAGCCCCCGCGGCGGCGGCCGCCGCCCCCUCCGCUGCCAGCACCAGGCACAAGCGCAGGCGGCAGGAGGCGGCAGCCCGCCCCGCCAAGCGGCAGCAGACCCGGCCGCGCCGCGCCGCGCGCCAGGCCGCCCCCACGCCGCAGCCGCGGCCGCAGCAGGCUGCCGCGCAGCCGUGCGCCACCACGGUGCUGGCCGGCCCUCGCCUUGAGCACCUCACCGCCUGCCCCGCCGACUCCUGUGGCUCCGGCUCAGCCUCCCCCUCGCUGCUGGACCUGCCGGACAUGGAUGCGCUGUGGGCCAGCGACGACUGCUGGGAUGAGGAGGUGCUGCCCCUAGACCUGCUGGCGGAUGAUGUGGGCCUGAUCAUGGCGGGCGAUGCGCUGGCCAUGCGCGACGUCCUGGCCCGCUCCCUCGACCUGUCAGAGUUCCUGGAGCUGUGAGCCUGCCCGAGGCGGGCGCGCCGCCGCUUUUUUCCAUCCAAAAUAAUCCGCCGCGAUUUUGCGCCCACGCUCUGUGGUGGGCUCCAUCUGGCAGAACCCCUCGCCGUGCCAGCCGCUCCUUUGCGAGCCCCCUUUGCCUUUCAGACCCCAAGCAUGUGUUUUCCCCUUUUCUAUGUCCUUUCUGGCUCUUCUGGCGCAGCCUUGUCCAAGGCAGCUCUUGUUUCAUUUUUCCAAUCUUUCUGAGCACGUCACUCCUUCACCUCAUGCUAGUGUAUGAACUUGUACCCCGCCCCACCCCCCCACGGUCCGGUUGUGACCCAGAAGCCUUAUGCUCCCCUUUUUCCCCAGCUCAAGAUGGGCCCUUUCACGCCUACACGCCCGCAACCCGGAGCUCUGCCCACCCUUCCCCAGCGCAUCCAUUUCUAGGGUGCAAACACCUGCCAGUUAAAUAAACAGGUUGUCAUUUGUCACACUCCUUUCAGGUUGCAUAACCCCUGGCGGCUGGGAGAUUGCCUCCUUGGACAAACCCAAUACCCCUCCGUUACACCCCCAGGCCUCCAAAGGUCAAACCCCCUUCACCGCCUCCUUUCAGAUGGUUACCACAUCAUCGUUUGCGUCUUCUUUCCCUAUUUCUUGUCUGCCUGAGCUCACCAACCUCACCAACCAAUGCAACAUUGGAGACUGUCA